UUCAACCAUGGCUGUAGCUCAAAUCUGCUCUCUCUCCCUCUCCAUCCGCUUUACUUUCUUUCUCCUCGCUAUCUUUUACAGGUUUUAUGAUUCAUAGAUUUCUUUUUGUUCAAGCUUUGCCGAAAUCAUGUUGCAGAUGUUUGUGCUGUUAGCUCUGCAACAAGACUUCAAGUUUUGUUAAAAGUGGGACAAUUUUGCCGCCCGGAUCUCUCUUGUGAUGCAUAAGGAAUGCACAUGUUUUUGCUCUGAAUCCGAUUGCAACAUAUAUAAAAAUGGCUUCAAUUGUCAAGAGGAAUUUUGGGCUUUCAACAUCACUACGUACAUUAACAUUGGCAAUAACGGGAUCAGUGGGUGUUUUGACAGCUAUUUUCCUUCCAGCCAGCCCUAAGAAUUGGUCCUACACUUCUUGUUGGGUUUCAGUGUUUGUAAAGUUGUGAUUCAAAAGAUCUUUAAGUUUACAUUUUUGUUGAUGGCUAGUUGUAAUUUGUCUUACAGUCAAGAACGGAGCAAUACUCGAGAAUGUAAAAUGAUGGAAAAUAUAGUCUCUGUGACCCCUUUCUUUCUAUGGUGCUGUGUUCACUGUAAUGUAGUUCAAUUAGAGCUUCUAUAUGAUUCUGGGAAUUGUUUAAUAUCUGAAUAGACAGGAUAUGAAGAAGACAUUUGAUUAGCUUUGAGAAUCAACUGCUGCUAUUAUUUUGAUUAUGUCAGAAUCUCAUUAGAUUGAGUUACAAUAAUCUUAUGAUAAACAAAUUUGCUGGAUAAGGAAGCAUAAUUGUGAGUGCUGAGUAAAGUCUCUCUCUCUCUCUCUCUCUCUCUAAUUAUAUUAUUGGAUUCCUGGCAACUAUUGAACAGAAUCUAUUUGAAAUUGUAGCGACUGCUAAGAAAUAAGAGGAACAAAACAAAGAAAAAUCAUUCUUUACUUCUUGAGAAUUUAUUCUCUUAGCUUUUUCCAUGUGAAAGUGCAAUACCUGAUAUUCACUUUAAGCACAAGAAGAUCUCCUUUACCAUGCUAUUUUGAAUUGCGCUUUUCAUAUUGAUCAAAUUCUUUCUUCCAGGUUUCUAUAAAUAUGAACUUAUAUUCCUCAGUUGCAGAUAGAUUGCUUUCUCUUUUUGCAUUUUCUUCCAUGAACAGUGUUUUGUUUCUGGAGUUUAACUAAUGGUUGCUAUGGGCAAAAUCGUAUCACGGCUUGCAAAACAGUUUCUUGCAAAGUGUAAAGUCAGGAUUUUGAUGGUGGGGCUAGAUGCAUCUGGGAAGACAACCAUUUUAUACAAGCUGAAGCUAGGAGAAAUGGUUUCAACGGUUCCCACAAUUGGCUUCAAUGUUGAGACAGUGGACUACAAAAACAUAAGCUUUAGCGUUUGGGAUGUAGGAGGACAAAAAAAGAUUAGGCCUUUAUGGAAACAUUACUUAAAGAACAUUGAAGGACUAAUCUUCGUCGUGGAUAGCAACGAUAGAGAUAGAAUCUCAGAAGCACGCAAUGAGCUGCAUCAGAUUUUAGGUGAUAGUGAGCUAAGGGAUGCAACAAUACUUGUAUUUGCCAACAAGCAAGAUAUUCAGGAUGCUAUGCGUGUUGAUGAGGUUGCAGAUAAACUUGGGCUCCAUGCUCUUCGCCAACAUUGCUGGUACAUCCAGAGUUGUUCUGCCUUGGCUGGACAAGGACUCUAUGAGGGUCUAGCUUGGCUAGCCAACAAUAUCGCUAACAAGGCAACAUGAUGUAAGAACAUGACUCUUUGUGAGACAAUCAUUCUGUGGCAUAAUUCCCACUGUAUAUGUAUAUAUAUAUAUAUAAUGGUGGAUGCUUCACUGGAAUCGCAAUGCAAAUUUUCAAGUGCUGCUCUGAUAGGGAGGGGUUGGUGAUCAAUCAUUCUGGUGAAUCUUGUUAUUUGUGAAAUUGCAGUACUAUUUUUCACUUUAAGAAGAGGGGAGGAAGCUUUGUUUAUUUGUGGAUGUGUUGAGUAUAAUGGUGGAUCUUGUUAUUGGAUUCA